GUCAUCAUAACAACUAGAGAUGACCAUUGUUUGAAUGUACAUAAAGCUGAUAAAGAUAUUAAAAUAUAUAAGCCUGAAGAACUAAAUGCUGAGAAUUCUCUUCAACUCUUUAGUUUGCAUGCCUUUUCAAUGAGCAAACCUCCUGAAGAUUUUAUGGAGCUUUCAUGUGAAGUCGUACAACAUGUUGGUGGGUUACCCCUAACCCUAGAGGUGUUGGGUUCUUUUCUAUGUGACAAAAGCGAAGAAGAAUGGGAAGAUAUAUUAAGAGGAUUAAAAGAUAUCCUUGAUAACAAGGUCUCUGGAAUGUCUAUAAGAAGUUAUAAUGACAAGGUCUUUGCAAGGUUGAUCAUAAGUUACAAUAAACUAAGUGAUCAAGCAAAAAUCAUAUUUCUUGAUAUUGCAUGCUAUUUCAUUGGAUGGAAAGUAGAAGAAGCAAUUCUAAUAUGGGAAGCUUGUGAGUUGUAUCCAAGAUUAUCUAUAAAAGAACUCACUCAAAUGCACCUCCUAAAGAUUGAUGUUUAUGGGUACUUGAGAAUGCAUGAUGAACUUCGAUUUGUGGGAAGGAGAAUUGUCUUGAAGGACAGCAAUGGGGAUCCUACCAAGCGUACUAGAUUGUGGUCUGCUGAUGAAAUCUCAAAAGUAUUAGAAAAAGGCAAGGGAACUCAAAUGGUUGAAGGUAUCCUCAUUCCAUUUGAAGUGCACAAUGAUGAUUUAAGCUUUGAUGACUUUGCCAAGAUGCCCAAUUUAAGAUUUCUCAAAGUUAGCAGAGAUGAGGAUGGUUUAGUUGGAUUUGUGCUCCUCUGGUAG